AUGAACUACUUCAAAUUAGUAUUACUCAUUCAUCUCGGGUACACGUUGGCGGAAGAUCCUGAAUUAGUGCACCACCUAGAUCAACUUGGAUACAAAGCAUGCAAAGAUAUUAUAGAGAAAAACGCUAUUCUCUUUGACAAAAAAGAUAAGCAGCAAUUUUGUAAUGUCAAAAACCAACCAGCUUUGGGGACUAUGGCUCAUUGUAUAAUCCAAGGGUAUAAUGAAACAAAGUUGGCCAAACCGGUGAUGAAUUACUUUAUUAAUCUGUGUAAAAAGUACAAUCUUACUGCUGAAAAAGUUAAUGCAGCUUACUUGAAUGCUAGCGACUAUUUGGUAGAUGUGUCUGAAGUGGAAAAUUUUGAUAAGAAGAGUUUGUUCAGCUACCCACUUAAAUUGAAAACGAAAAAAAUUAAAAAGGCCUAUGAAUCAAACUAUACUAGAUAUAUUAAUAUUAAUUAUGCAACCUGGUUUAGCACUGCUUUACUUUCUUACUGGUUUUUCGUUAUCUUUCUCGCUGGUACAUGCAACUUAGCUUACUUCAUAUGUCCUGUAAUUAUUAACAAGCUUUUCAACGGAAAAUUUUCCAAGGCAUUUAGAAGGUAUAUUUCACUUCCAGCUUUGUUAGGAAAGACACACGCUGCCCCGGUCACUAUUUUCGAUCGUUUUAUUUGGCUAUUGCCAACCAGAUUGGAAUCUAUAGUGGUCAUGGCUUGGUAUGUAUUGGCUAUUGCAUUUAAUAUCUCGCACGUUGAUCAUACUGCUGAUAAUUUUAUUUGGAAUUCCAAACAAGCUGAAAUGGGAAGAAAAGUUGCAGAUAGGUCUGGCAUUAUUUGUACAUUCCUUAUACCUCCCACUAUCCUAUUUGCAGGUAGAAACAACUUUUUACAAUGGAUUUCCGGAUGGCAAUUCUCCAGAAUGGUUAUAUUUCAUAAAUGGUCAGCAAGAGCAAUGUUUUUGACAGGAGUUGUCCAUACAGUUGCGAUGUCAUUUUCAGGUGUUGCUCUAGGAAAAUUUGUAAGUCGUAAUAAAAAGCCUUAUGUGAUUUGGGGUUACGUUGCUAUUGUUGCAGGCUUAAUUUUAAUGUUCCAAUCAUUUGCCAUGAUCAGAAGAAAAUACUAUGAAGUUUUCAUCGGAACCCAUAUAUUAUUUGCCAUCAUUUUCGUUAUGGGAGCUUGGAUCCAUACUAAAGAUGAAGGGUAUGAAAACUUUUUCUUUGCUGCUGCUGCAGUGUGGGGUUUGGAUAGAGCUCUCAGAUUUGGAAGGUUAUUUGCUUUCGGAGUUCAGACUGCAUCAGUUGAAUUAGUAGCUGGGGAAACCCUAAGAGUGACAGUUCCACGACCAAAAUACUGGAAACCAUUCCCAGGCUGUCAUGCUUUUGUUCAUUUUUUUAAACCAACAUGCUUUUGGCAGUCACACCCAUUCACAAUUGUUGACUCUGUCACCGAGGCAAAUUCAAUCACUUUUUAUAUGAAGAUCAAAGGAGGUAUGACACACAGUUUGUGCAGAUUCGUGGCCCAGCAGCCAAACAAAACUACUAAUAUAAAGGUUUCAGUUGAAGGGCCAUAUGGAACUAGAUUACCACUUGAUAGAUUCAAAAAUGCAAUCUUUUUUGCUGGUGGUAACGGAAUUCCAGGUCUAUACUCUGAAGCUGUUCAUUUGGCCAAUAACGGAAAGUCAAAUGUAAAGCUUUACUGGAUUAUUCGUAAUUGGAUAUCUAUCGAAUGGUUUUAUACGGAAUUGAAGAAGCUUGAGAACACGAGGGUUCAGCCAAUUAUUUACAUUACUCAACCGCAGGUUGAAUCAUUUUCUUCAACUACAAUUGAUUCUGAAGAGGACUCAGAGAAGGGAGGCUCAGAGAACGAUGUUAAUAAAAUUUCUAUUGAAGGCUCUACAACUGACUUUGAUCACUCCUGCUUUAGUAAGUUAAGAACUGAUUUAAGCUUCAUUAAAUUUUGCGAAGGUAGACCUAAUAUUGAAGAGAUUGUUCUACAAGAACUAGUGGAAGCUGAAGGUUCCACUGGGAUCGCUGCUUGUGCUCAUGGUUCAAUGCUUGAUGACCUAAGAGUUGCCAUCAUAAACAACUUAGACACUUCAAAGGACAGAGUAGAAUACUAUGAGGAACUUCAGCAAUGGUGA